UAAUAAACAAAAUUGGGAAUUUGGUGAGAAAAUAAAAAAAUUGGGAUCUUUUCAUCUUCUCAUAGACUCAUAGUGACUGAUACACUUCUGAAACGAAGAUGGCUUCGUCCACAUCUAAAACCCUAAUGGAUUUUUUUCAACCUGCCAACAAACGUCUCGUCGGUUUGGGUUCUGAAGCAAACUCGCCGCCUCGUUUAACCGUUGCAAGUUCCGCCGCCGAUGACUCAUCUGGAUUUACACCUGAACAGGUCGCUCGCGCCGAGUUCAACAAGUUCGUCGCCAAAUCCAAGCGUAACCUCGCCGUCUGCUCCGAGAAGGUCACAAAAGCGAAAGCUGAAGGAAGAUGCUAUGUGCCGUUGAGUGAGCUUUUAGUGGAAGAAUCAUGGCUUAAAGCUCUUCCUGGUGAAUUGCAUAAACCUUACGCCAAAACCCUUUCUGAUAUCCUCGAACGUGAGAUCAAUGCUGACGGUAAAAGCCCUCCGAUUUAUCCACCGCAGCAUUUGGUUUUCAAUGCCCUUAAUACAACUUCUUUUGAUCGAGUCAAGGUUGUUAUUAUUGGACAGGAUCCUUACCAUGGACCUGGUCAAGCUAUGGGUUUGUCUUUCUCUGUGCCUGAAGGAGAAAAGCUUCCUUCUAGUCUUUUGAACAUAUUUAAGGAGCUUCAGAAAGAUGUUGGCUGUUCCAUCCCACGUCAUGGUAAUCUACAGAAAUGGGCUGUGCAGGGUGUGUUGCUGCUGAAUGCCGUUCUUACAGUAAGGAGUAAACAGCCUAAUUCACAUGCAAAGAAAGGGUGGGAACAAUUCACUGAUGCCGUUAUUCAAAGCAUCUCACAGCAGAAGGAAGGUGUUGUUUUUCUCCUCUGGGGGAGAUACGCUCAAGAGAAAUCCAAGUUGAUAGAUGCGACUAAGCAUCAUAUACUCACAGCAGCUCAUCCAUCUGGUUUGUCGGCACAUAGAGGCUUCUUCGACUGCAGGCAUUUCUCUCGCGCAAACCACAUAUUUGAGCAAAUGGGGAUUCCUCCCAUUGACUGGCAACUUUAACAUCUUAACCUUAGGCUUAAUGCCAAGACGAAGUGUAAUAUUUCUCGGGAAGCCUAGCAUUUUUUGCAGUUCUUUUUUUUUGUGAAGAGAGCUUCAAGUUCUUAACAGUUCUAAUGCCUUUUUUUUUUUUUGUGGAUUAUGUUAUCACGGAACCCUAGCAUAGGCUGUUGAAGUAGUUGUAUCUGAGUAUGGCUCAGUAAUGGCACACUGUCUUCAUUUUGUAGCUUUAAAGAAUGGUUUUAACUGUGUA